AUGGAGUUUGGCAACAGAGGCGUCUUGAGUGAGGAUGGAAUCCAUGUGGACAUGGAUAGGUUAAAGAAGGGUGAGGUCAACCUUGGUACCUCGAUCAUGGCCGUAACAUUCAAGGACGGCGUCAUUCUUGGUGCCGACUCCAGAACCACCACCGGGGCCUACAUUGCGAACCGAGUUACAGACAAGUUAACCCAAGUUCAUGACACAAUCUGGUGUUGCCGAUCUGGUUCGGCUGCCGACACACAAGCCGUGGCCGAUAUAGUACAAUACCAACUGGGCAUGUUCGCGAUGCGAAAUGGCAAGCCGCCUACCACACAGACUGCAGCAUCUAUCUUCCAGGAGGUUUGCUAUUCCAACAAAGACCGGCUAAGCGCGGGUCUAAUUAUCGCGGGUUGGGAUGAGCGACACGGUGGUCAGGUGUAUUCCAUUCCCCUUGGCGGUUCCCUACACAAACAAGCCUAUGCGAUCGGCGGUUCCGGUUCGACAUACAUCUACGGUUACUGUGAUGCGCACUGGAAGGAAGGUAUGGAGGAGAAGGAUGCUGUUAACUUCGUCAAGGGUGCGCUGCAAGAGGCGAUCAAGUGGGAUGGUAGCUCAGGAGGUGUUAUCCGUAUGGUUGUCCUUACAAAGAAAGGAGCGGACCGUCACCUAUACCUCCCGGACGAAAAGUACGAGGUGCGACAUUAA